ACCCACAUAGAACUUUACGAUGAGAGGGACAACGGAAGAAGAAGACGGAUUCACGAGUUUCUCUGAUGUUCUGAUGCUGUCUGAUGAUGUCCUUAACUCCGGAGACGUUGGAGAAGACGGCUCCGGAUUCACCGGAAACGAGACUUCUCAAGUGCUCUCUUUCGGCGGAGGAAACCAAAACGACGCCGAAUUGCUCUUCUCACAACCCUCUUUCUCUCCCGCUUCUCCUCUUUCUUCACGCACUAACGCUUUUGCGGUCGAUGAUAAAUCUUGUAUAUGCAAUAAGAAGAAAACCAGUUCGGGUGAUGAGCACGACCGGGUCUGCGAUCCAAAACCCGGUAAGAGAUGCAAGCGAGAUCAGACGAAGUCAUCGGUUGGAAAUGUUAAGGUCAAGAAAGAAAAGGUUGGUGAAAGAAUCACAGCAUUGCAGCAGUUGGUUUCGCCAUAUGGCAAGGACGACAAAGACACCGGAGGAGUAAACCCGACGAUGAAAGUGAAAGAGUUGAGAAGCAAUGGUUUAUGUCUUGUUCCACUAGCUUGGACCGUACACGUGGCGAAUACUAACGGUGCUGAUUUAUGGUCCUCUGCUAUCUUGUCACCAGUCACACCAACAGUGAACCAGUAGAGACUGUGAAGUUAAAUCUUGUAAAGAUAAGUAGAUAACCUUCAAAAGUGAAAAUCUUUCUUAAGUUUCAUUAUUAUUAGAGUAUUAUUAUAACAAAAAAUGCAUUUGAAU